ACCUCCGCCCCGGCAGCUGCGUCCCCGGGAGCAGCCGGGACUCGGGACCUUGGCAGGAGAAACUGAGAUGUGACCCCUCCGACUGCCCAUUGCCCUCUUUGGCAUCCUGCCUACUUCUCCCACUUCCUCUCCCACUCCACGGCUCAACUGGACAGCGAGCGUUUGCCUCGAUCUCCGGGGAGAGAGGAGCGGCCACCAGGCGCACAGCCGGGCAGAAGUUGGACUCAGCUGGGCAGCGCUGAUCCAGCUGCGCCGGAGGGGUAGGCUAGGAAGUGGGAGAGGAAGGCGCAGUAGAGGGUCUGGGAGAUAGGGCUUUGAGUGGGCUUUUCCUGCUCCCCCGGCCCCGGGGUCGGGGCAGGGGGAGAAAUGCUGAGCCCGCGCCUAGGUGAUCGCCGCCGCGACAGCAGCCUCAGCAACAGCUUCAGCAUCAGCACCGGCGGGACAGCGACAGCGGGGGCGGCGCAGGCGCACUGUGCCCCGCGGAGCCUGCAGUUCCCGAGCCCCGUGUGCGGCACCGCCACAGUCUGGGCAGCGGCGGCCGGGGGAGCGCUACUACCAUGAACUGCCUGGUCCUCCUCCCCAGAGCUGCUCAUCCGGGUUGGGCUGGAGACUCAGUCAGGGGACCCCGUCGCCGCCGCCGCGCCCCCUCUUCUUUGGGCUCGAUCUUCUCUUCCACCUUUUCCUCUUCUUUCUCCACCUUCUCUUCCUGCAUUCCCCCCUCCCCCGCCGCGGAUCCUGGCCGCUGCUCUCCAGACCCAGGAUGCCGGGGGGCAAGAGAGGGCUGGUGGCACCGCAGAACACAUUUUUGGAGAACAUCGUCAGGCGCUCCAGCGAAUCGAGUUUCUUACUGGGAAAUGCCCAGAUUGUGGAUUGGCCCGUAGUUUAUAGUAAUGACGGUUUUUGCAAACUCUCUGGGUAUCAUCGAGCUGACGUCAUGCAGAAAAGUAGCACUUGCAGUUUUAUGUAUGGAGAAUUGACUGACAAGAAAACCAUUGAGAAAGUCAGGCAGACUUUUGACAACUACGAGUCAAACUGCUUUGAAGUUCUUUUGUACAAGAAAAACAGAACCCCUGUUUGGUUUUAUAUGCAAAUUGCACCAAUAAGAAAUGAACAUGAAAAGGUGGUUUUGUUCCUAUGCACUUUCAAGGACAUUACGUUGUUCAAACAGCCAAUAGAGGAUGAUUCAACAAAAGGUUGGACAAAAUUUGCCCGAUUGACACGGGCUUUGACAAAUAGCCGAAGUGUUUUGCAACAGCUCACGCCAAUGAAUAAAACAGAGGUGGUCCACAAACAUUCAAGACUAGCUGAAGUUCUUCAGCUGGGAUCAGAUAUCCUUCCUCAGUACAAGCAAGAAGCGCCAAAGACGCCACCACACAUUAUUUUACACUAUUGUGCUUUUAAAACAACUUGGGAUUGGGUGAUUUUAAUUCUUACCUUCUACACCGCCAUUAUGGUUCCUUAUAACGUUUCCUUCAAAACGAAGCAGAACAACAUAGCCUGGCUGGUGCUGGACAGUGUGGUGGAUGUUAUUUUUCUGGUUGACAUUGUUUUAAAUUUUCACACGACCUUUGUGGGACCUGGUGGAGAGGUCAUUUCUGACCCCAAGUUGAUCAGGAUGAACUAUCUGAAAACUUGGUUUGUGAUCGAUCUGUUGUCUUGUUUACCUUAUGACAUCAUCAAUGCCUUUGAAAAUGUUGAUGAGGGAAUCAGCAGUCUCUUCAGUUCUUUAAAAGUGGUGCGUCUCUUGCGACUGGGCCGUGUUGCCAGGAAAUUGGACCAUUACCUAGAGUAUGGAGCAGCGGUCCUUGUGCUCCUGGUGUGUGUGUUUGGACUAGUUGCUCACUGGCUGGCCUGCAUAUGGUACAGCAUUGGGGACUAUGAGGUCAUCGAUGAAGUCACAAACACCAUCCAGAUAGACAGUUGGCUCUACCAGCUGGCCUUGAGCAUUGGGACUCCGUAUCGAUACAAUACCAGUGCAGGGAUAUGGGAAGGAGGACCCAGCAAGGAUUCACUGUAUGUGUCCUCUCUCUACUUUACCAUGACAAGCCUUACAACCAUAGGAUUUGGAAACAUAGCUCCUACCACAGAUGUGGAAAAGAUGUUUUCCGUGGCCAUGAUGAUGGUUGGCUCUCUUCUUUAUGCAACUAUUUUUGGAAAUGUUACCACAAUUUUCCAGCAAAUGUAUGCCAACACCAACCGGUACCAUGAGAUGCUGAAUAAUGUACGGGACUUUCUGAAACUCUAUCAGGUCCCCAAAGGCCUUAGUGAACGAGUCAUGGAUUAUAUUGUCUCAACAUGGUCUAUGUCAAAAGGCAUUGACACAGAAAAGGUCCUCUCCAUCUGUCCCAAGGACAUGAGAGCUGAUAUCUGUGUUCAUCUAAACCGGAAGGUUUUUAAUGAGCAUCCUGCUUUUCGAUUGGCCAGCGACGGGUGUCUGCGCGCCUUGGCGGUAGAGUUUCAAACUAUUCACUGUGCUCCUGGGGACCUCAUUUACCACGCUGGAGAAAGUGUGGAUGCCCUCUGCUUUGUGGUGUCAGGAUCCUUGGAAGUCAUCCAGGAUGAUGAGGUGGUGGCUAUUUUAGGGAAAGGGGAUGUAUUUGGAGACAUCUUCUGGAAGGAAACCACCCUUGCUCAUGCCUGUGCCAAUGUCCGAGCACUGACAUACUGUGACCUCCACAUCAUCAAGAGAGAAGCCUUGCUUAAAGUCCUGGACUUUUAUACAGCUUUUGCAAACUCAUUCUCAAGGAAUCUCACUCUUACUUGCAAUCUAAGGAAACGGAUCAUUUUCCGCAAAAUCAGUGAUGUGAAGAAAGAAGAGGAAGAGCGCCUCAGGCAAAAGAAUGAGGUCACCCUCAGCAUACCUGUGGACCACCCGGUAAGAAAGCUCUUCCAGAAGUUCAAGCAGCAGAAGGAGCUGCGGAAUCAGGGGUCAACGCAGAGUGACCCUGAGCGGAACCAGCUGCAGGUAGAAAGCCGCUCCUUACAGAACGGAGCCUCCAUCACUGGCACCAGUGUGGUCACCGUGUCACAGAUUACGCCCAUUCAGACAUCUCUGGCCUAUGUGAAAACCAGCGAGUCCCUCAAACAAAACAACCGUGAUGCCAUGGAACUCAAGCCCAGUGGCGGUGCUGACCCCAAAUGUCUCAAAGUCAACAGCCCCAUAAGAAUGAAGAAUGGAAAUGGGAAAGGGUGGCUGCGACUCAAGAAUAAUAUGGGAGCCCAUGAGGAGAAGAAGGAAGACUGGAAUAAUGUCACUAAAGCUGAGUCGAUGGGGCUACUCUCCGAGGACCCCAAGGGCAGUGAUUCAGAGAACAGCGUCACCAAAAAUCCACUAAGAAAAACAGAUUCUUGUGACAGUGGGAUUACAAAAAGUGACCUUCUUUUGGAUAAGGCUGGGGAGGCGCGAAGUCCACUAGAGCAUAGCCCCAUCCAGGCUGAUGCCAAGCACCCCUUUUAUCCCAUCCCUGAGCAGGCCUUACAGACCACACUGCAGGAAGUCAAGCACGAACUGAAAGAGGACAUUCAGCUGCUAAGCUGCAGAAUGACUGCCCUGGAGAAGCAGGUGGCAGAAAUUUUAAAAAUACUUUCAGAAAAAAGUGUGCCCCCGACCUCUUCUCCCAAAUCCCAAAUGCCGCUCCAAGUACCUCCCCAAAUACCAUGUCAGGAUAUUUUUAGUGUUUCAAGGCCUGAGUCACCUGAAUCUGACAAAGAUGAAAUCCACUUUUAAUAUAUAUAUAUAUAUAUACACAUAUAUAUAUAUGUAUAUAUAUAUACACACACACAUACACAUAUAUAUUUGUUAAUAUAUUAAAAACAGUAUAUACAUCUAUAUACAUAUGUGUGUAUAUACAGUAUAUACAUAUAUAUAUAUUUUCACUUGCUUUCAAUAUGAUGAACACAAUAUGGAUUUUGAUAUGUAAAUAUUGCAUGUCCAGCUGGAUUCUGGCCUGCCAAAGAAGAUAAUUAUUAAAAACAUAGAUAUCGCUUGUAUAUUAUGCAGUUGACUGCAUGUACACUUUACAUUUAUUUAUAAUCUCUAUACUUUUAAAAGGUAUGAUUUUUGUUAACCAAGGCAAUGUAAUAGUUAAAGAAUCAGGGUCCAACCUGCCAAUGUUGCCAUGACAAAUUUGAUCUCAGGCCGACUGUAUUGAGCUGUCAUUUCCUCACUCUUCUGUCAAGUUAAAAUUAUAAAUUAAUGCCAGGGAAGCAUUCAACAUUUUAAAAUGUUAGUGCCAUUUUGUGAUCCCUUUCCAUAGGAUAUUUUUCUGUAACUUAGUGUUAGGUUAUUUUCCCCAAUAGGCAGUGUUUGCUACAUUUAAAUGACUGUUUUGUUGCCUCAGUCAGAUAGCUGUGUGGGAUGCUGAGAACUUAUUGCUAUGGGGUUUGUGCAUGAAUUGCAUUUUUGCUCAACUAUACCUCUCCUUUUUUAACAUUAUACUUAGAUAGUAAUCAUAAACUCUUAUGUAAGGAUAUCCCUACUCCCUCUGUCUUAAAUAACAGCCACCAUCUUAUAAGCUGAUUUUUAUCAACCCCAUAAAUAUGAAACUAUUAAGAUAGUGUAUAUUAUAGAAAUACUGCAUCACAGGGUAAAAGGGCCUUUUAACAACUCAUGUUAGAGAUGGUGAUUUUCCAAAGGUGAUGAAUGUUCUAACUUUGUUUUUUUUAAAACUUGUUCAAGGGUGAAGUUAAAGGCUCUUAGCAAAGAAACAAGUAAACAAAAUACAUUUAAGUAAUCAUAUCAAAAAUUAAACUAGAAUGAUAUAAAAUAAAAAAUAUAAAUAGACAAGUUUCUGUAGCUUAUUUGUGACUUAGAAAGAAUGAAACAUGGGUACAGAAUUGUUCACACUUGAUUCUUAACUGCUUCUAGAGGUAAUACAUGAAAUGUGGUUAGAAAACAAAGAAAACUAAAUAGUAGAUGUUAAGUUGCUCAACUCAGACAACUGCUUUUCUAUAAUUUUAUUCUGGUUACAAUUUUCUAAAGCUUUUUUUGCACACAGUUCUACUGCUGGACUUCUGCUGAGUUGAUACAAUAGACUACCACAGCUCGGACAGAUCCGCUCAUGAAAGGGGGGUACUAAAGACUGAAUUUCAGAGUCUUUUGGGCCACAAAUUCUCUUCUUAGAAAGUGCCUAUUAUCAACCAAAAAAAAAAAGUAACAAAAGGCUGUGUAUAGCUAGACUCUUAAAUGCUGUGUAUUGAGAAUAAAAUGCACACUCAUUUGUGAGAACCUAGAAAACUUUAUUUCUUUUGACUAAAGUUUACUUUAUAAAGUUGAUCAGAGAGGCAUACUUUUAAAUUGGUGCAUGCAUGACAGUUAACAGCAGGAGCAGGGCAGUUAAUGUUUGCAUCAAGUUGAAAAUAUAUAGCAGUAAUUUGUAUAUUAUUACAUAUAUGGCCAUCUGUACAUAUAUGUUAGCAUACACAAGAUGAUAGCAAAAUCAAAGGAGAUAUUUUGAUGUGUUGUAGCCAUUUUUAUGAGCUUUUUUAACUAUCUCUGAGGAUCCCCAAACAAAAACAACAGAACUGAAAAACAAGUUACGACCAUCAGACUGGAGAAGUGAAAAACAAAGUAAUUUAUAAAGACAGUUGAUAUUUUAGAACUUCUGUUAGAGGUUCUUCACAUGCCCACAAGAUGUGCCUCUUUAAUCCAGGAGUCUCAGAACAGACGUUAUGUGCAUGGGUUCCAUUUUCCUUUCUUUGUGCCCAUAGCUUCCAUUUCUCAAAACGGAAGUUUUCAGGGGAACACAUCUCCAUGCUAUGCUACAAUAUCUACCUACCAUAGGCACAAGACAGUGAGGUAACCAUGGUGUAAGAAAUCAACAUUGAAAUUGAGACUCUGUUGCUUUUAUGAUGAGGAUGGUACCUUCUUAACUUCAGAUAUUUAUUGAAUUUCAGGGUAUUUUCUAUUUAACCAUGUAUGAGACAAGCUUGGCUAAGCUUUCAAAGUGCGUGGUAAAAAUAAUCUGAGUACAGAAAUGGUUAGUUUAACUUUAGCCAUGUGCUUCAGAAAUAACAGUUGCUGUAAAGGUAUGAGUGACUGUGAAACAGCAGGGCGGUUUGUAGUUGUGAUCCAUGCGUUUGCUUAUUAGUGUUGCUAAUAUCUGCUGUGUUCUGACAUUGACUCAGAGCUUCAUCUAAUUGACCUACAAUAUUGAUGUUCAUAUAUAGAGGAAACUACGUUAGAACUACUUCAGGUUGUCACAAAAAAGGGAAGAGUAUCGGUUGCUUGUUUAUGGUGCAGUUAUCACAGUAUUCUUUUCCAGCCACCUCUGUUCCUGUGUGCAUGAUAUGAUGAAGUGCUGAAUGCACUCUACUGUUUUCAGCAGGAAUGCAUGUGUUCAGCAAACAUUGUAUAUAGAGUAGUCUUUUAGGUUUCCAGAUUCCACAACUCUUUCCAGUCAAACUUACUCAGAUUUGAAUGAGGGGUGAGCACUUGCUUUAAUACAUGCAGUAAUGAUACAAUCAUGUUCUGUGUUGCCUCAACCAGCACAAAGACAGUAGAUUCUCUUUUGGGGGACCAGAUGACUGCAUGUUUUAUUCUUGUACUGUAUAGAUGCUCUCAGUGCAUCCAGAGUAGAAUUUUGUAUUAUUAUCUUUCUGAACAAUGGAAUAAUAGGAGUAAAUAGAUAUGUGUUUAAAAUUUGAACAUUUUCCAAGCAACUUAUACACCUUCAGUAUUUUUCUAUGAUAAUGUAUAAGAUCAGAUGCUGUACCCUGGACAGGUGGUUGUAAUGUACUGUGAUAACAGAAGUCAAACAAAAACGGAAAUGUGAGCUGCAUAUCAUAACGACAAGCUUUAUCAGUCUGUAUUAGGAUAUUAUUGCACUAAAUGUGAUCUAGUAAAUAGAGGAGCUUAUGAUAAAAGGCAAAUAGGAACAUGAAAGGCAGAUGACAAUGCCAAAGCUGCUCGUGUCCCACAUUGACAUAAAUAGUCCUUAGAAUGGUCCAGGCAUAGACGUUGAAUAGAGACACAUACUUCAUUGUUAAAAUGGAAAAUUUUUAUUAUGACACUGGUUUCAUCUUACAUUAAGUAUAGAAGUAUGAGUGUCCUAAGUAUUCAGUUAAAAAAAUUAUGUAGAUCAGAACAAGAGAAUUAGAAAAUUUGGGAUUUUAACUUGCUCCUAAGAACAAAUAUAUACUCCAGGAGUACCCAGCACUUUAAGAAUAUUAAUUAUGACCACUAAUUAAACUGCAUUUUGAAAGUUAAUCUUAUAGGAGCCCAAAUGAAAACCGGAGCUUCCAUCCUUAAAUUUAAGGAGAUUUGGUUCACCUGUGAGAUCUGACCCAUUUGCUGUUCUAUUUUAAAUAACUAAAUUCUUUUAGAAACCUUUUUUUAAAAAAAAUUAGUCUUCAGAACAGUGACUGUGUUUGAAGUGUGCAGUGGCUACUAGUGAAAUUAUUUGUCAUAUCCCUAAUAAAUUCCACUAUCUUUUAAGAUAUCUAUCUCUUCCAAAAUUUUAUGUAGGUAAUAAGAAAAUUUGUCUAGAAUGUACAUAUCAUACAUGGAUAACUUUAAAAUAAGAAUAUUUGUAAUCACGUGAAUGUUGUGUUUCAUACUUUGUUAUGAUAAGUGUAUUUCUCUUGUGGUCUAGACGGAAAGGGAGAGAAGAAAGAACAACUUUUUGGAAAACUAGAAUUCAAGCCUAGGAUGAAUAUCUGAGCUCUGUCUUGGAUUCUGCAUCUAGCUUUGCCACAAUCGCACUGUAACUUUGGGCAAGUUAACUCUUUUUUGGUGUAUCUGGGGCUUCAGUUUCCCUACUGAUAAAUAAUACAGUGAAGGUAAGAACUGCUCCCUUCUUUCACCAAGAUGAUAUUAGGUCAGUGGAAAAUCAUCUUCCUCUCAGAUGAAAAUAACAUUAAGGCAAAUUUUUUUUUUUCAUUCAUAGCAGACUAGCCAAGAUGCACUUUCUAAAUAUUCUAGGUUUUAGAGAAGACUUCUCUGGUCAGAGGUUGGUGGGGAAAGGCAUAAAUAGCUAAAUAAUUAUUGGCCAAUGGCAUGUAAGUAUAAGACUUGAAAAUUAUCUGGGAAUAUAGAGCUACUAAUCAAAUAAACAUGGAAAGAAUGAAGAACUUUUAGGAAGGAAGAGAGAAAUAAGAGAAAAAGGAAUAUGUAAAUAUUAUGAUUUUUCUUAUUCUACCUAAUCAUACUGCUCAGCAGAAAUUCUCAAUUUUGUGAGAAAAAGUAAACAACUUGGUGAAUAUUCAAGGUAUAGCCCAUCUUCAACUUUAGUAUGAAAAUAAUCAUGACUUUCUCAAGAUAAUGGCUCCACAUAGGUAGAUGUUCUUAUAACAAGAUUUUAACUAUGAAAGAAUCCUUUCCAAUGACUAAUCAGUUUUUCAGUGUGUAUCUUGAACUGGAAAAAAACAGUUUUAUAAAAGGGAAAUCAUUUGAAUUACAUUAGAAAACCACUCAUGUUGUAUCCUAAUGAGAGUGUUUUAAUUUUAAAAAGUUAUAAUUUGUAAUUAGUAAUAUUGGUGACUCAAGGAAGCCACUUAAUAGCAUGUAAAAAUUUAUUUUCAAAAAUGAGAUUCAUUUUGUUAACAGUUGUUCUGCAAAGACAGUCUUGUAAACUAAGAGAUGCAGUCAAACCUGCAGUCACUACAUUUGCCAUGACCCUUUGAGUAAAGAAAAUAACAAGAGCAUGUAGAAACAAAGGGGAAAUUUUAAUGUACUACAAGAGAUAUUUAGAUCUCUUACUGGGUUUUCUAAUCUUUCCAUCAAAUCAGAAUUUUAAAAUUGUUAUUACAAAUUAGGAAUUAGGCAUUAUUUUGAAAACAGACACAAUUUCUCAAGUUAAAGGAAGACUAGUUAUAAAUGCCUGAGACUUUCAAGAUGUAUUAGAGGAGGCUUAAGGGGAUUGGUCAUCAUUGACCAUGACUUUUUACUAUGCGUUGUAAUCCUUAUGAGUUAUUUGCUAAGUGGUCAGUAACGUUUAUAUUUUUAUCCACUGUGAUGGACCCUUGGCAUUCCAACUCACAGUCAUAUUACAUAUGUAUUUGCAUAUGGAAAUAAAUAUUUUCAGUCAACUUGCUCUCAGUGUAAACUUUGUACUUAACAGCCUAAAUGUUGUUAGCAGCUUAGAUAAUAAAAACUCUUACAGGUGUGGCAUGACAUUUAUUAUUAUUUAGAGGGUUGAUAUAGAUUAAUUUGACAUUAUAGGAAAUAUUCUUCUUAUCUUGGUCUAGGAAAACAUAUCAAGAGGUGAUACAUGUGGGACUACACGAUCAGAACAAAAACAGAGUCAGGUUUUAAGUAGGACAGUGGUACCAGACUGCAUGAGUUCACAGGAGUCCAAAUCAGGAUUUGCAUUUUCAUGUUUGGAACAGAUCUACAAAGAAGAGCAUAAUGGAGGUCGCAGUUUAGUGCAUGGAGAGCUAAGCAUGGUCACUGGCAAUGCUUAUGGGUGCGAUCAGAUCAACUUUGGUGAGUUUAUAUAGAAUUUUUUUUUUUGUCUUCCCUUAGCUUUACUGGUGUACAUUGCUUUACAUUUAUUGACUGCUCUGUGUAAGUAUGUGCAGCCUUCUCAAUGAGAAGGAUUGGCUAAGUCUGGAUCUUCCAUUAGUCAUCAAAAAAAAAAAAAAUAUAUAUAUAUAUAUAUAUAUAUGCCUGGGGAAUAGAUGAGGAAACUUGUCAGAAUAGCAUAGCUAUUGAGAUUCUAACACAGGCAGGCAGACCCUGGAGAGAAAACUUCACUUUAUAAAAUACUGACAUUUGCAAGGGCUAUCUAGCCCAACCACAAAUUUCAGAUGUUUCAAAACAUGUACUUUUAAAGUUUCCUGAAUUUAAAAUAAUUUUUUAAAAUUUCACUCUAUUAUAUAAGUAUAAAUUUUUAUUUUUCAUAAUAGGUUAGAAUAAAUGACAGAGGUUGAAGUCAUAACUAUUGCAAGCACAAGGUGCCCUAUCCCAGUAAUGAGAUCUUCCUUUAUUUCUCCCAACAACUUACCAGUAGAGGUAAGUCACCAAAUGUGGUUAUAAGUAAGAGGCAAGUUGUGGUCACUGGUAUUAACAUUUCCUUUUCCAACUGAAUUUUAACCCAAAGAGGUAAUGCAUGAUAGUCAAGAAAAGCAAGAAACAUUCAGGUUUUUUUCUGUAAUCUCUCUUAAUUUUUAAUAUUGGGGUUUGGAUGAGACUAUGGAAAUAUUUUAUUUCUAAAAUUUAUUUUCGACCCACUGAAUUUUAAGUAGAUUAUGCAGAUUUUUUUUUUAAUUGUACCACUGUUGGCUUCUUGGCCAAACUACUAUUAAAUGCAUUAUCCAAAUGAACUGUUUCAGCUUAGAAUAGCAAUUUGUAUUAUUUCCAAAUUUAAUGAGCCUCUUGUAUGUAUAUUUACUUCAGAGAGUUUAAAUAAUUUUCUCUAAUGAAAAAAAUGUUAAUAUUCUUAAUGUGAUUUAUUCUAUCCGUUGAGAUUUUUUUAAGAUAAUGUUUUGAGAUAAGGAGAGAAUACAAGGUAUUACAGUAUACUCUGGGAUCCUCAGCUCAAACCAUCUUGUUUUCACUUUGAUGACAAUACAGCAAGAGGUAACCAUGGAAAAGACCAUUCUACCUUUUUCAGAACAACUGGGAAGGACCCCAGUGACACUGCAUAAAGCUUUUAUAGUUAGCUCACUUUCAUCCCUGGCUUUUACAUGAUCACUGUGUUACUAUUUAAGUAUGGUCAUGACUUGUGCUACAUCUAAAUGCAUUUGUUCAAAGAACAAUUGACCUAAAAGUACAGUUGGGCCAGAAUUAUAACUGAGGAAAAUAAAAAAGAGGGUUAGGUAUAGCUGUUACUUUCUCUUAAUGUGUUUUCUCUGUGUGAUGCUCUUAACUAUUUAUUUAGAGAUAACACAUUGUCAUCACCAUAGUUAAGACUUUAAUGAAACAUUAGGAAACAGUGUCAAAGUUUGUCAAAUACUGGGGCUUUAAUACAUAUAUAAAUGAGUGCUCCCCCAUCAACUGAGUUUAGAACUUCUAGUUCUUACCUAGAAGCCCAGGCCCAUAAACAUUCGGCUGGUUGGGCUCUAUCUUCAUGGAGUAAAGUCAAGAGGAUCUGACCACUCUCUCCUUCAUGCAUAUUUACUAACUGUUGAAUGACCAGACCAAUCAAGGCCAAAAUAUCUACACUGAUGCCUGAAUAAACCAGAUUGGGUAUUCAUAGCAACCAAAUUAAGUAUUUCACUGCCAAAUAUUUUAUCCUCCUUCUCUGCUAAAUCGUCUUUGAUGACAUGAAUUUAACCUCUUCCUUCCAUGGUCAGACUCUCUAUUGGGAAGUUGGACUUUGUGAUUAAAACAACAUAAAGAUUAUUGUAAGUCACAGAGGUGUUGGUGUCAUGGAUCCCUCAUUUGCUCUUCAAUUUUUUCCAACCAAAGUAUGAUGGGAAAGAUUCCUGAUGAGGCCAUGAUUGAGCAAACAGGAAGAAUAGCUAGCAAACUAUGCAAAAUCACAAUAAUGAUCCAUUUUGAAUUUCAUGUCAAAGACAUUUUGAUACACCUGGGUCUUUAAUAAUGGUAUAUUAUGUCACAGCCAUGCAUUGUCAGUUUAUACAAAAGCCAAAUGUACUUUUAUUUAAAAUCAAGAUUAUUUAAAAUCUUUCAGAUUUAGGAAAAUCGUGGCAAGGAUAGGUUUUUGAUCUGUGCAGCAAUGUUUUCAUGUUAUGAUUCUCAGUGUUCUUUUUCAAAGAUGGUAUAAAUGUCUUGUUCACUUCCAUCUUAUUGGCAGCACUGGUGUCUUCCAUUGAGCAGUCAUCUUCCUCCUUAGAUCCAAUUCACAGUUAAAGAGAGAUAAAACAUGCAUUUUAUAUUAGGAACAAUAUGAUUGUUACCACAUUGAAAUUGGAAACCAAUUUAGACCCAUUUCUACCCUACACAUCCACUGUAGUUUAUGGGAAAAGCAAUGAUUCCUAGAAGUGCUUGGUACUCAGACAACACAAAGUAAAAUGUGCAUAUUUAUGAUAUAUUAAAAACUAUAGAUUUCUUUUUAUUCUAUGCUCUAGUGACAUUGUUUACAUUAGUUGCAGCAUUUUGUAUACUAUACUGCAAAUUCCUGACUAUAACACUAAUAUUACAAUGGGAAUUUAUUUUUGCAAGUUUGUAAAUGUUUUUGCCACUGCAGCCAUAUUGGUGGGAAAUUGGGGUAUUAAAAAUGCCUCUAUCUGUAAGGGUUAAUUCACUGGAAACAAUUUAUUUAUGUAUUGGCCAAGGAAAUAAUGCAAAAACUUCAUGUGAUGUUUUUAAUACCUUAUGCUAAGCAGUACUAGUUAGCUCUUUUCAAAAUUUAAUUCAUGUUUAGCAAAUCAUUUUUUCUACUUAAACAAAGGUAUUGCAAUGUGUAAUAUAGAGAUUUUUUAUGUACUGUUGACGUCACCUGAUUGCUGAGAGAAUGUGUGAAAAUGUUUUUAACUUUGUGACUUUAGGGUCAAUUCUGGAAUACUUGUGAUCAAAAUUUGAUUGUGUCUGGGAAGUUUGUGGUGAUUAUCACUUUACUUAGGAUUUGUUCUCAAGACACAAUCAUUUAAAAAAAAUUGAAUUGGCAGGUGGAAGUUUCUAACCCAAAAGAAUUCUGGGUUUCAGCACAAUAAACUGUACUUCAUCAGGGAGGAUUAACUUUGGGUUUUUUUCCACAAUUUAUUUAAAUGUGAAUAUUUUUUCAUGAUACAGAAUAAAAUGUGCAUUUUAUGGAA